CAGGUGAGGUUAGGGGAGUAGGAUUGUGUGUACUGAAUAACAACUGAUUUUUAACCUCGUGAUAUCUAUAAAAAACAUCUAAGAAGUCACUGAUUUGGUGAAAAUAUCUGCGUAUAUCGCCAACUUCUUUAUGUAAUGAAAGAUGCUUCGAAACACACGGAUUCGGGUCUGUGGUAAAUUUGGUUUUAAUAUCGACAUUCCAGUUGCAGGAUAACUGAUAACGAUCUUGACAGCUCUGGAAUGGCACUCCUACGUAGAAGUGCAUGGCUCCUGCCAACCCGGAUGAGAUUCGUCAAAUUGUGGGAGAAAGAUCAGAGCUGUAUCACCUACGAGAGCAACGUUUGUAAUCGAGGUUAUGUUCACCGUCCCGAUAUGCAAAUGAGGAGAAAUUCGCAUUACCAAUCCCACGGUCAAGCGAGCAUACCGUCAAACAUUACGUGCAAUCAAAGCACCAGUGAUUCCGCAAAGCCAGAAUCAAAAACUGCCAGUGAAUUGCGAGCGAUAUCAAUUGACACAAAAACCAGCGGCAUGUGUUAUGCAGAAGUAUUGAAAGCCAUCGAUCAAGAAAGUAAGAAAAAAUCAGUCGAUCAAUCGACUCUUCUGUGUCUACUGGAAUAUUGCCGCGAUAUGAUUCCGGAUGCUCCAAUAUCUGCACGACUUAAUCUGGUCAACCAGAUCUGGCAUUUAGUGGCAAAUAUAAACGAACCGCCGAGCGUCGAUCAUUACAACGUCUUGCUGAGCAUCUACAAACAGAACUCGCAGUAUCUUAAUGUGGAUGAAUUUUUAAAGAAUAUGAAAGCGCCUCCCAACAGCGACACCUAUCACUUGCUACUUGACGCAGCUGCUGAGAUCGGUGACUACAGCCAAGUAUUGUUGAUUAUGACAAGGAUUAAGGACAUGGGAUAUCAAGUGACUGAAGCCACGUUUAAUUCUGUGAUGUUAGCACAUUCAAUUAAUAAUGACAUUGACCAGGCUCAUGCUGUUAUGAAAACGAUGGAAGCUGCCGGGAUUGAGCCAAGUGCGGACACCUUCUUUGUUCUGUUACGGGGUUACGCUUACAAAGGUGAUAUAGAAAAUUUAACACGUAUCCUGAAGACUAGUAAUCUGAAUGCAACGCAAAUCAUGUCUAUCGUUAGAACAUUAAGCCUUUCUGGUAACGGGGAUUACAUUUCCCGUGUUAUACAGUACCUGCCACAAAUGACUGAUAUAACCUUCGAGAGUAUUUCCUACACAAUUGUAGAAUUGACCUAUUCUGGGUUGGCAAAGGAUGCCUUUAAGGUGAUAAACUGUUUCCACAUUUUGGAUGGGGCAUCUGACACAUCGUUGAAUGAUCUUACCGAUAUCUUUUUGUACGAAAUAGUCAAGGCAGAAACAUCGAUCGUAGAAGUAUUUGAGAUUUGUGAAAGUCUAAUGUCUUCCACGAAAAAUUCGUCACCUUUACUAAGAGUUACCGAAGCUGCUCUUCGAUUGCAGAAGCAAGACAUUGCUUUGCGAGCGUUUGAAAUCAUGAAAAAUCAAGGCAUUGAAAUAAGACCUCACUUUUACUGGCCCUUACUUGUCAACACAGCUUCAACCAAAGGUGAGACUGAUGUGCUCAAGCUGGUUAAGCACAUGGUUGAGAAUGGCGUUUACUUAGAUGAUGAGACAUUGUGUCAUUACGUAUUUCCAUUUUUAUGCGCACCAAAGCCCCUGGUGAUUAUUAGAAAAUUGCAAGAUUGUGGUUUGAAAAUGUCCGAUCUAUUCGGAGUCUUGUUGACAAAUUAUUUAGACCAAGGAAACCUGAAGGAUGCCAUAGCUCUAACAGAAAAAAUCAAGGUAAAACUUGAUCUGUACAUUGUCAUAGAAAGACUUGUCAGUGGAUGUAAAGUGACAGAAAGUUUCAAUGAAACAGUACAAUUUUUGAGAAACAUCAACACGGAUAGUGAUCAGAAUGGAAAAUUCUUUGAGGACCUAAUGGCAAAUGAAAGAAUAAAACCAAGCAAUGAGGAACUUGCUUCUCUUAUUUUUGCCUUUGACAAACACAAUCUCAAGAUUUCUAAAACAGUUGCAGACGCUUUGGAGCUAAGAAUAUUGCAAUUAGCGGAACCUGAGAGGUCAUUGAAGACGCUCAAAAAAUUAGUCACUGCUGAAACAAGUACAAAUGAUGAAAUUCCGGAUGUAUGGAUACCUCACCCUGAAUUAAUGAGUCUUGAACAACUGGAGAAUCAUCUCAUUGACCUAACGGCUAAGGGUAUGAAUACACGAGGUACUCUGCGAAGACUCCUUCGAGCUUAUUGUAGAAAAAAUAAUUUUAAGAAAGCUGAGGAAACUGCAGAAUUGUUUAAGGAGAAGGGAUUUGAAUGGACGUCCGGAAUGAUUUCCAGCAUGUUUUCCUUAUAUGUCACAAAUAAUAUGAUCGAUAAGGCUGAUGUAUAUUUCAGAGAUCUGAAGACAAAUCACAAAGACUUUAUAAUCGAUGAUUACAAGGUAAUUGAUUAUGCUACAGCUCUUGUAAAGAAUAAAAAAUUCGAAAAAGGUCUGGAAGUACUUAGAGAACAGGAAAACGUUACGAGUGGACCCGAAACUAUCAGAAACUGCUGGAGACUUUUGAAUGCAGUUGCUGCAGAUGGAAAUUCGGAAGCCACAAAAAAAACGUUGGAUAUCUUACUCGAAAAAGGGUAUUGCGAAGUGAGCAUUCAUGUCCUCAGUCCAUUGGUCAGGACAAAUUUAUUAAAUGAUAACUUGGAAGAAGCUAUUAAACAAUUCAAAGAGUGUGCACUUGUGUACAAACUGACACCUCUGAAACAAGAACUGCUACGUGCUCUUGUAGAUAUUUCUACCGACAACCCUGAUGCUCAAAAACAGUUGACAGAUGUACUAAUGGUGAUAAAAAGUAUUUCUGGAGAAGCAGCGGGAAACUCUCAUUUGUUCACGGCAUUAGCGGCAAGGAAUAAACACAAGGAACUCCAAUCAUUUAUUAAAAUGCCAGCUGUGAACCAAAAAAUAAUGGAAGUCAGUGCAAAAAACUUGAUGACUGAGCAAAAUUUAACAGCCUUACAAGGGAUUUUGAAAGCGUGUAGAAAUGUGAACAAGCUGGACACACGGAUUAUUUACGAUCUAAUCUUGACAUUGUGCAGUAGGUCUGGUGAUUACAAAACAGCGCUAGAAAUAUGGGAUAAAAUGCAGGCAGAGGACAUUAUUCCACUACCAAAAUUUACUGAAAAUUUAAUAAACUUCUUGAACUCGCAGAAAGUUUCAUUACCAAACGAAUUACAAGCAAAGAUGAAAAGAGAGAAACGCUAACAAUAUUUGAAAUUAUCUUAAAUAGUAAAAAUAUUGUACAUAAACUAAUGUAUUCCUUUGA